AUGGCUCCUCAGUCGUUGAAGAAGAACUAUCGUUGCUCUCGAUCUCUAAAGCAGUUCUACAGCGGCGGUCCUUUCGUCGUUUCCUCUGACGGUUCUUUCAUCGUCUGCGCAUGUGGCGACGCGAUUAACAUCGUCGACGCGUCGGACUCGUCGGUGAAAUCGACAAUCGAAGGCGAGUCGGAUACGCUCACUGCUCUGGCUCUUAGUCCUGACGAUAAGCUACUCUUCUCCGGUGGGCAUAGUAGACAGAUUCGAGUUUGGGAUUUGGAAACGUUGAAAUGCAUUCGCACUUGGAAGGGACAUGAGGGGCCUGUGAUGGGCAUGGCUUGCCACGCGUCUGGUGGAUUGCUAGCUACAGCUGGAGCUGAUAGGAAAGUCCUUGUUUGGGAUGUUGAUGGUGGCUUCUGCACUCAUUACUUCAAAGGUCAUAAAGGAGUUGUUUCGAGUGUCUUGUUCCAUCCUGAUGCUAACAAAAACAUCCUUAUAUCGGGAAGUGAUGAUGCAACCGUUCGUGUCUGGGAUCUUAUGGCAAAGAACACUGAGAAGAAGUGUCUUGCCAUUUUGGAUAAGCACUUUUCAGCUGUGAGUUCGAUUGCUCUAUCAGAGGAUGGGUUGACUUUACUCACUGCUGGAAGAGAUAAAGUUGUGAAUGUGUGGGACCUUCAUGAUUAUAGCUGCAAGACUACAGUUGCAACGUAUGAGGUACUAGAAGCGGUGACAAUAGUUUCUUCUGGGUCGCCUUUCGCUUCUUUUAUAGCGUCUCUUGAUCAGAAGAGUAAGAAGAAGAAAACUUCUUCUCAAGAAACGCAUUUUAUUACUCUUGGGGAACGUGGUGUAGUGCGCAUUUGGAAGUCUGAAGGUUCAGUUUGCCUCUACGAGCAGAAGUCGUCGGAUAUUACUGUCAGCUCGGAUGAUGAGGAAUCUAAAAGAGGGUUCACUGCAGCUGCCAUGCUGCCUUCUGAUCGUGGACUGCUUUGUGUGACUGCUGAUCAGCAGUUUUUUAUCUACUCCGUUGUGGAAAAUGUAGAAGAACCAGAGUUAGUGCUAAGGAAGAGGCUUGUUGGAUAUAAUGAGGAAAUUUCUGAUAUGAAGUUCCUAGGUGAUGAAGAACAGUUUCUCGCAGUAGCUACAAAUCUCGAAGAGGUUCGUGUUUAUGAUGUUGCAACAAUGUCAUGUUCCUACGUAUUAGCUGGCCAUAAAGAAGUUGUUCUGUCCCUUGACACAUGCGUAUCUAGUUCUGGGAAUGUUCUAGUCGUGACUGGAAGCAAAGACAAAACUGUAAGGCUAUGGAAUGCAACAAGCCAAUCUUGCAUUGGAGUUGGUACAGGUCAUAAUGGCGAUAUCUUAGCGGUUGCUUUUGCGAAGAAGUCUUUCAGUUUCUUUGUCAGCGGCAGUGGUGAUCGUACACUGAAGGUCUGGAGCCUUGAUGGUAUCUCAGAGGACUCGGAAGAGCCCAUUAAUCUGAAAACUAGAAGUGUUGUCGCUGCUCAUGAUAAAGACAUCAAUUCCGUGGCUGUUGCUCGUAAUGAUAGCUUGGUCUGCACUGGCUCUGAGGAUCGGACAGCUAGCAUAUGGAGGCUACCAGACUUGGUGCAUGUCGUUACACUUAAAGGACAUAAGAGGCGGAUAUUUUCUGUUGAGUUCUCACCUGUUGAUCAGUGCGUAAUGACAGCAUCCGGUGAUAAAACAGUAAAAAUUUGGGCUAUAUCUGAUGGUUCAUGCCUCAAAACAUUCGAAGGUCACACCUCAAGUGUCCUUAGGGCCUCAUUCAUAACUGAUGGCACCCAAUUUGUCUCAUGUGGUGCCGAUGGUUUAUUGAAACUUUGGAAUGUGAACACUAGCGAAUGCACUGCCACAUAUGACCAGCACGAGGACAAGGUAUGGGCUUUAGCUGUUGGAAAGAAAACAGAAAUGGUUGCAACUGGUGGAGGCGAUGCUGUUAUUAAUAUAUGGCAUGAUUCCACCGCUUCUGAUAAAGAAGACGAAUUUCGGAAAGAGGAAGAAACAAUCUUGAGAGGUCAGGAGCUGGAAAACGCAGUGUUAGAUGCUGAAUACACUAAAGCCAUAAGAUUAGCUUUUGAGCUUCGUAGGCCUCACAAAGUUUACGAACUCUUCGCUGGCCUCUGCAAGAAAAGAGAAUCAGACGACCAGAUUGUGAAAGCUCUUCAAGGACUUGAAAAAGAAGAGUUCCGUUUACUUUUUGAAUAUCUCAGAGAAUGGAACACAAAACCAAACCGAUGCCACAUUGCUCAGUUUGUUCUUUACCAAACCUUCAACAUACUUCCUCCCACAGAAAUAGUUCAGGUUAAAGGAAUUGGAGAACUCCUGGAAGGUCUAAUCCCAUAUUCUCAGAGACAUUUCAAUAGGAUGGACAGGUUUGUAAGAAGCAGUUUCUUGUUAGACUACACACUCGGUGAGAUGUCUGUGAUUGAUCCAAAGACCGACACAGAGUAUCCUAAAGACAAGAAAAUCGAAGAAGAGACUCGUGAAAUGGAACAGGAGCCAGAAGCAGACCAAAAGACGCCUUCCAGGAAACGAAAGUCUCAGAAAUCAAAAGAUAGAUCGAGCAAGAAGAGACUCGUUGCCGAAGCUCAGGGAAAUGUAAUCGCAGUUUGAGUCUUGAUACACUGCUUCAGUAGCAUGCAGCAAUAACAUGGUUAUAGUAUUUUUGAUGAAAUUUAAGGUGCGGUGGAAUCCUAAUUUUUGGCAGUUCUCGUUUUUUGUGUAAUUGGUUCGUUGUAAGUGCUGUUGUUUCUCUCAACUUACAAGCACUGGAUUUAAAAGAGUGCUGAGUUUUUUCCUCAAAAAGUUGCUCCAUCAGUUUUCAGUAAACUUGUUUUUCAAUAA